AUGACUAUCAACACCAAAGCAACGGCAACCGAGGAUCGCUCCUCUAAGCCACUUAUCGUCAUUGCUUGCACGACAAUUGUCGGACACACACUUCCAUUGCUCCCACACGCCACCGAACUUGCCAAACAAGGCUUCGACGUCUCUUUCAUCGGUGGUCGAGAGUUUGAAAGUCUCAUCCACAAAACUGGCGCAACUUUCUACCCAAUAGAAAACCUAUACUCGCUGGAGAGCCUAGAAUACGUGGAGACAAUUCCCGACCGCAUCGCACGCGGUAUCUGGAGCCUGAAAACAUAUUUCAUUGACAUUACCGCAUCCAGAAUGAAGUCACUACAAACCGUUCUGGAAAGUCUCCGCGAAAAGCACCCCAACCGCGAGGUCAUUCUCAUCCAAGAGCUCGGCUAUAUGGGCACCUGGCCAUUCCUUCUCGGCGCACCCCUACCCAAAGGUUACGAGCGAUUUCCGAAGACCUUCACAUUCUCCACCGCACCCUUGCUCGUUUCAAGCGUCGACACAGCACCGUUCGGCCGCGGUUCACCUCCCGACUCCAGCGACGACGGUCGAGCCCGCAACGCUGCCAUGUACGCAGCCGAGAAACCCGUCCGCGAUCAUCUAGUCGACUACACCAAUAGCGUGUAUGCAUCGCUUGGAGCAACCACAAAAGUAGACCAGUGGGUAUUCGACCUGUGGAGCACGGGCCAUACCAUCCUCCUGCAGCCCUGUUCCCCAAGCUUGGAGUACCCUCGCAGCGACCUUUCGCCGAAGGUCCGUUUUAUUGGCGGUACACCACGCGAGAAAAUCGACCCGUCCACACCUUUGCCUGAAUGGUGGUGUGAGCUGGAGACGAACAGACGUGCGACAGACCCGAAGAAAGUUGUCUUUGUUACCCAGGGUACCAUCAAAACUCAUUACAAGGACCUAGUCAUCCCCACCAUGCAAGCCUUCGCCAACCGGUCAGAUGUCAUGGUCAUCAGCGUGCUGGGAGUGAAAGGCGCAGUAUUGGACGAGAAUCACAAAAUACCCGACAACGCCAAAGUCAUUGAUUAUCUCUCAUAUGAUGCGGUGCUUCCGUACGUUGAUGUCUUCGUGACAAAUGGCGGGUAUGGCAGCUUUAUGCAUGGCGUGAUGAACGGAGUGCCCAUGGUGUUAGCCGGGACAGUUCAAGACAAAGGCGAAGUAUGCACGCGCGGAGAAUGGGCCGGAAUCGGAAUCAAUCUGCGAACUGAUACUCCCAGCCCUGAGACCAUCCGAGAGAGUGUGGAACGGAUAUUGAGUGACCCUAAAUACAAGGCUCGCUCAGUGGUAAUUCAGCGGGAGAACGAGGAACUAGAUAGUGUUAGCUCACUACGGCGGUGUAUCCUCGAAGACAAGUAAUCCACAUUUCAAAGUCCAAGAUAGGGUACGCGUAUCACAACAAAAAGAAUUUAUCGAAAAGCGAG